UUAUGUUCGCCUGGUACCUAAAAGUGGAUUUUCCAAUUUGUCCCUUCGAAUUCGUUCCGCCAAUACCAACAUAUUCAACCAAACCUCAUUUUGAAGUACCAGGCGAACAGAAUGCAAUAGUAGGUGGUUACUUUUUUUUUAAUAUUUUCAAAUUGCCCGCAAAAGUAUGCUAUAAAAAAUAAGCAAGAGCAACACCACGUUUUGUCUACGAAAUAUUGGCAAAUUUGCUGCUAUGCUAAACCGACAAUAGCCUGAUUACCACGUGUUAUUGAGGUUAAGGUAUAAAUAAAAUUUAUUUUGUAGUAAACGAAAUAGCGUGAAAUUCUAAUAUUUCUACUUUUUUAAUUUUUGGUGUUAGCAUAGCCAACCACGUACGUAGACCGAAGUGUAAAUCAAAUUCAAAUUGUAGUGACGAAUUAUUGUCAUACAGUGAAAUCAUUCCUGCUUUUUAGUUAUCUGUGCUUCAUUAUUCAAAAUUCUGUAGAUAUAAAAAAUACACAUACAGGUAUUGUCACAUAAUAAUUAUAAUAGUAAAUUAAAAUGCCGCCGAAAAAAUCUAAUCUCAACAACGUGAGCAGCAGAGAGGCACGACGCAAACGUGUUGAAAAAGCUCAUCAGUUGCCAGAACAAGUCGAUACAAGAAAUACAGCUCAAAGAAUUAGGACAGCGGAAGGUCGUGCACAAGAAUCUCAAGAACAGCGUAGCGAACGCCUGCAACAGAAUAUUACGAGAACAAGAGCGGCACGAGAACGAAACAUAGAUACAGUACGAGCACAAGAACGACAAAGACAACGGAUCAGCCGCUCAUUAGUACGUACAUCAUUCGUUCGUCUUGCUUUUGAAUAUGCACCAGAUAUUAACUACUCUGCGCAUUCAAAAAUUGCUAUUGGUGGAAUGGAUAAAGUAUGUCAAUAUUGUCAGGCGUUGAAAUUUCGAAAUGAAACUACCGGUAUGUGCUGUGCAGCAGGAAAAGUCGUGCUGCCACCUCUACCCCCUCCGCCAGAACCUUUAUUAUCCCUUCUUGCUGGGAAUUCAAAUGAUUCAAAAUUGUUUUUGCGUAAAAUACGCAAAUUUAAUACUUGCUUCCAAAUGACAUCAUUUGGGGCAACUAAAAUUUGUGAUCUUGCAUCCUAUGGACGUAAUUUUGAAACUACAUUUAAAAUACAAGGCCAGGUGUACCACAAAAUUGGAUCAUUGAUGCCAAUGCCUGAUGGUAAUCCGAAAUUUCUUCAAAUUUAUUUUAUGGGCAAUUGUCAAGAGCGCGCAACGACUCGGUGCCAGUAUAAUUUCAUUGUACAAGCAAAGGAAGAGGCAAUUGUGAUGUUACUGGAAAAUUUUUUAGAAGAUCAGAAUCAACUACUUCAAUUAAUCAAAAGAGUUUCGCCACGAUUGCAAGAUGACAACUACCAAAUCGUUAUAAAAGCCGAUAAAGUACCAUUAGGUGAACAUGCUGGAAGAUUCAACGCUCCAACUAUUGAUGAGGUUGCUGUCAUCAUGGUUGGUGAUCCAAUUGACAAAAGAUCCAUAAAAAUUACUCGGAGAGACAACACUAUCAGUACGAUUUCAGAUCUACACCGUUCAUAUGAUGCACUACAAUAUCCAUUGAUAUUUUGGCAAGGACAGGAUGAAUAUCACCUUAACAUCAAACAGUUUGAUCCUAAUACCGGUGAUUAUGGAAAUAAAAAAGUAAGCUCAAUGAACUAUUACGCACACCGAAUAAUGAUUAGACUAAAUCAAGACAACUGUAUCCUUCGAUAUCGUCAGCUAUUCCAUCAAUACAUUGUUGAUAUGUAUGCUAAGGUUGAAAGCGAACGCUUGCGAUUCAUUCGAUUCAACCAGGCUAAAUUACGAUCAGAAGAAUAUAUUCACUUACGAGAUGCUGUUGCUGGAAAUAUAGACGAAAUUGAAAUCCUUAAUUGAUUUUAUUGUUAAAUAUUCAAUUUUCGGUAUCCUACGUUGUUAGCUGUAUACGAUUGAGUGGCAAAAGCGAGGUUUGCCUCAUGCUCACAUUUUGAUUUGGCUUGAAGAUAAAAUCCGCCCAGAAGAAAUUGAUCAAAUAAUAUCAGCUGAAAUUCCAGACCCAUUAAUUGAUCCAGAAUUAUUUGAUGUUGUCACUAAACACAUGAUCCAUGGGCCAUGUGGUGCUUUUAAUAUCACGUCGCCAUGCAUGGAAAAUGGAAAAUGUAAGAAAAAUUUCCCAAAGCCGCAUACGAAUGACACUAUCACGGAUAUUGAUGGUUAUCCUAUAUAUCGCCGCAGAAAUACUGAGAAUGGUGGCCACACAUUUACAAUGCGACUGCCAAAUUAUCCAAAUCAAACAGAAUUUGAUAAUCAGUGGGUGGUACCAUAUUCACCAUUACUUUCAAAAACUUAUAAAGCUCAUAUCAACGUCGAGCUUUGCAGUUCUGUAAAAUCAAUUAAGUACAUAUGUAAAUAUGUAAACAAAGGCAAUGAUUUGGCCAUAUUUGAAGUACAAGAUAUACAUAAAAAUGACGAAAUAGCACGAUACCAAAUGGGUAGAUAUAUUAGCAGCAACGAAGCUAUUUGGCAUAUUCUCAGCUUUCCUAUACACGAAAGAGAUCCGUCUGUCCAGCAUCUAGCAAUACAUCUUGAAAACGGUCAACGUGUAUACUUCACUGAAGAAGAUCUUUUCCAAAGAGCGUUCGAGGCCCCAAAAACGACACUAACUGAAUUUUUUACAUUGUGUCAAAGAUCUGAUGUUUUUGGCCGAUUCGCAAAAACAUUACUAUAUGGUGAUGUUCCGCGUUAUUUCACAUGGAACAAAUUCAGUAAAAAAUGGGAAUCACGAAAACAAGGAAAACCACAUCCUUCUAUUCCAGCCAUAUUCAAAGCUAAGACAUUGGGGCGACUUUACACAGUACAUCCAAAACAAAGUGAGUGCUUCUAUUUACGUUUGUUAUUGGUGAAUGUGCAUGGACCAACAUCAUUUGAAUUUCUGCGAACAGUUAAUGGUCGAGUAUUCAAUACAUACCAAGAUGCAUGUCGCGAACUGCAAUUGCUAGAAGACGAUAACCAUUGGGACUUAGCGCUUGCUGAUGCUGCGUUGACAUCAAUGCCCAAUAACAUUCGUCAGCUGUUUGCAAUUAUUUUGACGACGUGUUAUCCAUCGCAAGCACAAACUUUGUGGGAAAAAUAUAAAAAUUGCAUGACAGAAGACAUAUUGCACCGAAUUAGACAAGCAGAACAAAGCCAAAACAUAGAUUACACGCCAGAGAUGUAUAAUGAAGCAUUGGUGUUAAUCGAGGAUUUAUGUGUUCUAAUUUCAAAUUUACCACUUAAUCAUUAUGGUAUACCAUCACCUAAUCGCCCAGCUACUGACUUAGUCAAUAUCGAUUUACAACGAGAACAACAAUAUGACCAUGAAAAUUUAGCAACGAUUAUCACGAACAGUGAGCCAUUACUGACAACAGAACAAAAAAAUAUUUAUGAUCGGAUUAUGUUGGCUGUUGCUGCUGAACAAGGCGGUUUUUUUUUCUUGGACGCACCAGGUGGAACCGGUAAGACAUUUUUAAUAUCGUUGAUUCUUGCCGAAAUACGGUCGCAACAGAAAAUCGCAUUAGCAGUUGCAUCGUCAGGUGUUGCGGCUACUUUACUGGAUGGUGGGCGAACGGCACAUUCAACAUUUAAGCUGCCAUUAGAUAUUCAUCAUAAGCCAGAUGCAAUGUGUAACAUCAAAAAGAAUAGUGGAAUAGCUGCAGUGUUGCGGAAGAGUUCUAUAAUAAUUUGGGAUGAGUGCACAAUGGCGCACAAAUAUUCACUUGAAGCAUUACAAAGAACUAUGCAGGAUUUAAACAGCAAUAAUAAUCUUUUCGGUGGUACUAUAUUACUUUUGUCUGGUGAUUUCUAUCAAACCUUGCCGGUUAUACCUCGCUCAACUUUCGCGGAUGAGAUUAAUGCAUGUUUGAAACAAUCAUUCUUAUGGCGAAGUGUUGAAACACUUCGAUUAACCAUAAACAUGCGAGUACAGCUGCAAAAUGAUCCAUCAGCACAAAUAUUUUCGGAGAAAUUACUAGAUAUUGGAAACGGUAAAAUAGAACUGCAACCAAAUACGCAAUGCAUCAAACUGCCAGAAAAUUUUUGUACUGUUCUUCAAGAUAAAAAUGAAUUAAUUCAGAGUAUUUUUCCAGAUAUACAGAAUAAUUACUUGAAUCAUAACUGGCUCAGUCAUCGGGCGAUUUUGACAUCCAAAAAUGUUGAUGUAGACGAAAUUAACUUACAGAUACAACAGUUCAUACCAGGCGAUCUGAUGUCUUUUAAAUCAAUCGAUACUGUUGUUAAUGAAGAUGAAAGUGUAAAUUUUACAACUGAGUUUUUAAAUUCAUUAGAUCUACCUGGAAUGCCACCCCACAAUCUUCAAUUGAAGAUUGGUUCCCCGAUUAUUCUGCUACGUAAUUUGAAUCCACCUCAAUUAUGCAACGGUACACGUUUAAUCAUCAAAAAGAUCACCGGAAAUAUUCUCGAAGCAACCAUUUUAGCUGGGAAGUUUAAAGGAAAAGUGGUCCUGUUGCCACGUAUUCCAAUAAUACCGUCGGAUUCUACAAUACCUUUCAAACGGCUACAGUUUCCAAUUCGUUUAGCUUUUGCCAUGACGAUAAAUAAGUCUCAAGGCCAAACAAUGUCCAUUUGUGGUUUGGAUUUAGAAAGUCCGUGCUUUUCUCAUGGACAAUUAUAUGUUGCAUGUUCACGUGUUGGAAAACCGUCAAAUCUAUUUGUGUUAGCAAAAGACAGGUUAACCAAAAAUAUUGUGCACCAAUUAGUACUAAAUUAAAUUGAAAUUGAAAGUAUAUAUAGUUUAAAAUAAUAAAUAUUACUGUUAGAGACUUAAGACUAUCUGCCUUACCUACAGUUCUUCUUUAAUUGUAUACUUCAAUAUAAUAUUACAAUAACUUUAGCUACAGCAACGCGUAGCCGGGUCUGCUAGU